CGCGUGAACCCCGCGCACCCCUCAGAGCCGAAGCCGGGAGCUAAGAUGGCGGCCGCCGACGGAGAUGACUCGCUUUAUCCUAUUGCUGUGCUGAUCGAUGAACUGCGAAACGAGGACGUUCAGCUUCGUCUGAACAGCAUCAAGAAGCUCUCCACCAUUGCACUGGCCCUGGGCGUUGAGAGGACGCGCAGCGAGCUCUUGCCUUUUCUCACAGACACUAUUUACGAUGAAGACGAGGUGCUUCUCGCUUUGGCGGAACAGCUGGGGACCUUUACAGCUCUUGUCGGGGGUCCCGAAUAUGUUCACUGCUUACUGCCCCCCCUCGAGAGCCUUGCUACAGUGGAGGAGACAGUGGUGCGGGACAAGGCAGUGGAGUCCCUGCGGGCCAUCUCCCACGAGCACUCUCCGUCUGACCUUGAGGCCCACUUCGUGCCCCUGGUGAAGCGCCUGGCAGGAGGUGACUGGUUCACCUCCCGCACCUCCGCUUGCGGCCUCUUCAGUGUCUGCUACCCCCGAGUCUCCAGUUCGGUCAAAGCUGAGCUCCGACAAUAUUUCCGAAACUUGUGCUCAGAUGAUACUCCGAUGGUGAGGCGAGCAGCAGCCUCCAAGCUGGGUGAAUUUGCCAAGGUCUUGGAGCUGGAGCAUGUCAAGAGUGAGAUCAUCCCCAUGUUCUCUAACCUGGCCUCUGAUGAGCAGGACUCUGUGCGCUUGUUGGCUGUGGAGGCCUGUGUCAAUAUUGCUCAGCUCCUGCCCCAAGAGGACCUGGAGUCCUUGGUGAUGCCGACGCUACGGCAAGCAGCAGAGGACAAAUCUUGGCGGGUCCGCUAUAUGGUGGCUGACAAGUUCACAGAGCUCCAGAAAGCUGUUGGGCCAGAAAUCACAAAGACUGACUUGGUCCCAGCCUUCCAGAACCUCAUGAAAGACUGUGAAGCUGAAGUACGGGCUGCCGCCUCCCACAAGGUCAAAGAGUUCUGUGAGAACCUUUCUGCUGAUUGCCGUGAAAAUGUCAUUAUGACUCAGAUCUUGCCCUGCAUCAAGGAACUGGUAUCGGAUGCCAAUCAGCAUGUAAAAUCUGCUCUGGCGUCUGUGAUCAUGGGAUUAUCUCCCAUUUUGGGCAAGGACAACACGAUUGAGCACCUUCUGCCUCUCUUCUUGGCUCAGCUCAAAGAUGAGUGCCCCGAAGUCCGGCUCAACAUCAUCUCCAACCUGGACUGUGUGAACGAGGUGAUCGGCAUCCGGCAACUGUCCCAGUCCCUGCUGCCGGCCAUUGUGGAGUUGGCAGAGGAUGCCAAGUGGCGGGUGCGGCUGGCCAUCAUUGAGUACAUGCCCCUUUUGGCUGGGCAAUUGGGGGUGGAAUUCUUUGACGAGAAGCUGAAUUCCCUAUGCAUGGCGUGGCUGGUGGAUCACGUCUACGCCAUCCGAGAGGCAGCUACCAGCAACCUCAAGAAGCUUGUGGAGAAGUUUGGCAAGGACUGGGCCCACGCCACCAUCAUCCCCAAGGUGCUGGCUAUGUCCAAUGACCCCAACUACUUGCAUCGCAUGACCACGCUCUUCUGCAUCAACGUGCUGUCGGAGGUGUGUGGCCAGGAGAUCACCACCAAGCACAUGCUUCCCACGGUGUUGCGGAUGGCAGGAGAUGCGGUAGCAAACGUCCGCUUCAACGUGGCCAAGUCCCUUCAGAAAAUCGGACCAAUCUUGGACAACAGCACCCUUCAAAAUGAGGUGAAGCCAGUGCUGGAGAAACUAACGCAGGACCCCGAUGUGGAUGUCAAAUACUUCGCCCAGGAAGCGCUGACUGUGUUGGCGCUGGCUUGAACCCUAGGACCUGGCUCUGUUGUCUCUUCAACUUGGAUGCUAUUGGACCGAUCCUUCUCUCCCCCGUCCUUUUCCCUGCAUGUGACCAGCCCACCCGCCCCCAUCAGAUCCACGUGGUGGUAUCAGCCAGUGGCUGAUCCUAACCCCCUCUGGAGGUCAUCUCCUAUUCUUCGCUCCGUGUUUUCAGACCUUCUUGGGCAGCUGUGAUAUUCCCUCCCUUUCUCAUCGUAGACAGGUUCUAUUUUUGUUUCGUUCCGUCGCCAGGGGGCAGCACAUGGCUUGCAAGAGAGGCAGAACAGCCCCUUAAUACCCACACUUGGCAUGAUUAAUGUGAGCUCUUUGGG